AUGGAGGUUUCCCGGGAGGAUGCGAAGAUAUCAGGAGGUGGAACAGAGUCCAGUCGACGACUGACCCUGUUCUCACGCAGCCCGGCCUGGGCCUCACCACCACCACCACCACCACCAUCACGCAGACCGGGGGAGACUGGAGCUCCGGCCUGUUCAACGUCUGCGGGGACAAAACCACGUGUUAUUGGAGCUCUGGCACCAUGCUGUUUAGACCUGAGUUUGGCUCACCAAUACGGAGAGUGUCUGUGCAUGCCUCUCCUGCCGGGAUCUACUUUUGCCAUCCGUGUUGGGAUCAGAGAGCGUUACAAGAUCAGGGGAAGUGUGUGUGAGGACUGGACCACGGUGUACUGCUGUUACCCUCUGGCUGUAUGUCAGAUGAUAAGAGAGAUGAAGCGGAGGAUGAAGACUCAGACAUAUCAUGUGUCCACUGUGCUAGAGUGCUCCUAA